CUCUUACCCCUGGACCCUCACGGCCCUGAGUGGGGCCACCCUCCUCAGCGAAGAUUUGAGUACAAGCUCAGCUUCAAAGGACCAAGGCUGGCAUUGCCUGGGGCUGGAAUACCCUUCUGGAGCCAUCACGGAGAUGCCAUCCCAGGCCCGGAGGAGGUACGGCUGGCCCCAGCCAUGCGGAACUGGAAUGGUGCCGUGUGGAGCAGGACCCCCGUCCUCUUCUCUGCCUGGGAGGUGGAAAUGCAGAUGAGGGUGACUGGGCCGGGGCGCCGGGGAGCCCAGGGCAUGGCCGUGUGGUACACCCAGGGCAGGGGCCAAGUAGGCUCUGUCCUGGGGGCGCUGGACUCGGGGGACGGCAUUGGGACCCUCUUCGACUCCUCAGCUGAGGACACCCAGAACAGCCCUGCCAUCCGUGUGCUGGCCAGUGAUGGGCACAACCCCUGCGAGGCGCUUGGGGAUGGAGCCAGCAGGGUGCUGGGCUCCUGCCACCAGGACUUCCGGAACCGGCCUUACCCCUUCAGAGCACAGAUCACCUACUGGGGGCAGAGGCUGCGUGUGUCCUUGAACAGUGACCUCACUCCCAGCGACCCGGAUGAGGUCUGUGUCGAUGUGGGGCCCCUGCUUUUGGCCCCUGGAGGUUUCUUUGGGGUCUCGGCAGCCACCAGCACCCUGGCAGUGAACAAGACAAGGAUGACCGUGAUGUCCUUCCUGACCUUCAGUCUGCGUGAGCCGGGUGCAGAGCCUCCCCCGCAGCCCUUCCUGGAGACAGAGCAGCUCUGCCUGGCAAGGCAGCUGGAAGGGCUGCGGGCAAGGCUGGCCCUGGGCACCAAGGAGGACAUGAUUCCAAAGCCGAACUGUGAAGUCCAGGAAGAGGGGGGAAGAAGCUUUGCCCUGGAGGAGACACUGCACAGACACAGCCAGGUUCUGCAGGCUCUCCAGGGUCUCUCCAAGCACUUGGCACAGGCUGAGAGGCAACGGAAGAAGCAGCUGGUGUCCCCAGGCCAAGCCAGGCUGGAGGAAGCCUGGAAGGAAGAGGGCUGCAAAUCCCGGGGGAAGGUGAACUCUGAGAAGAGAGGGGCUGUGCCCUGGGCCCUAGAGAAGAGGCUGGCACUCCUGCAGGACUCAGCUAAGGUCAGUGCCCUACUCCGUGGACAGCGGACUCUGCUCCAAGACCUGCAAGACAUGAGGGAUGCAGCUGCUCACAUGGCCUCAAGAGCCCAGGUCUUCUAUCUGCCUGUGGGCACCAAGCAUCAUUUCUUAGAGCUGGCCCAGAUCCUGAGCCUUCUGCAGAAGGACCUGCGGGGUCCAGUGAAAGCGGCAGCCAAGGACUCCUGCCCACCUGGUCGGCCCCCAGGGGUUUCCUCGUGUCUGCAGCCUGGAAUCUUCCUGUUCUUCCUCCUCAUCCAGACUGCAGGCUUCUUCUGCUAUGUACACUUCAGGUGGGGGCUGGACAAGAACCUUCAGGACUAUUUGUCCACAGGCAGCCUUCUUUUGAGUCCUGCACCACAAGUCCCUAGGACGCUGGGGGCUCUGAGGAGGCAGCCCCUCUCCCCCAGCAUACAUGGGUGA